CAGAAUCAAUAAAGUACUUUUUUAGUUAUAUUUUACACGUGUGUCGUUAUAGGUUUGAAAUAUCGAGUGCAGUUGGCGAAAAUAUUUAGAUAAAUAAUUGAACAACAUAAUAAAUUUAUCUAAAUAUCCCCGAAACAUUUUUUUAUUUUCUCUUUUUAUAAGGUAAUGGAUUAUCCCUGAAAAUGCCCCCGCGACUAUCGGCGCGAAGACUCUUCCUCCUCCUCCUCUUCUUAUUCAGCGUCUCGUUGCUGAUCUCCAUCCACCAACGUUUCUCUUGGAUCCACGUCCAUCUUCAGGAAGAUGACGCUACGGUGGACUCUCCCUCGAUGGAUCCCGAAUCGAACCGAUUGGAUAUCGGCGCGGCCGAUAGCGAGGAAGAGAUGGGGGAACAACCGACGGCGCGAGAACAUCGAGGCAAGCCGUGGUUUAUGAGCGGCGGCACCGAGUUCCCCGGGAACUACAAGGGACCGCCGAGGUUGUUCCCCGAUCAGGCCGACGGGGAUAGAAUUCUUGAACAGCUCAUGUACGUUCCGGAGGAUUAUCAAGGAUAUGAUACGCCCGAAAAAGUAAUUCUAGCCUACAACGGGUUAGGGACGUGGAAUCAAAAAUCGGGAUCGGGCACUUUUCAUGGCUGUCCAGUUAGCAGGUGUUCUCUAACAGAUGACAGAAGCAAAGCGACUGACGCCGACGCCAUCUUGUACAAGGACCAUUUUAUACAUCCCGGGGUCGUUCGACCCAUGAAACAAAUAUGGAUAAUUUACUUUUUGGAAUGUCCUUACCAUACGCAAAGUGUAAAAUUCGCUGAUCUCAUAAAUUGGACUGCCACCUACAGGCGGGACAGCGACCUUGUUGCCCCGUACGAAAGAUGGACCUAUUUCGAUCCACAGGUUCGCCAGAAAGAGCAAAAUAAAGAUUUUGCUGAAAAUAAAACGAAAAAAGUUGCCUGGUUCGUAUCGAACUGCGGUGCCCGUAAUGGACGUUUAGCUUAUGCAAGGGAACUUGGCAAAUACAUUCCAGUAGAUAUUUAUGGAACUUGUGGACCUCUCAAGUGUCCCAGGUCGGAUAGGAAAUGUUUCGACACGUUAAAGAAAGAUUACAAAUUUUAUUUGGCGUUCGAAAAUUCGAAUUGCAGAGAUUACGUAACGGAAAAGCUAUUCGUUAAUGGUUUGGGGCAUAACGUGCUUCCUAUAGUGAUGGGUGCUAGACCCGAAGAUUACCAAAAAAGUGCACCUGAAGGUUCCUAUAUACACGUCGAUGAAUUCGACGGUCCCAAAGAACUAGCCGCCUACCUCCACAGACUAGACACCGACAACGCCCUCUAUAACUCGUACUUCAAGUGGAAGGGCACCGGUGAGUUCAUCAACACAUAUUUUUGGUGCCGUUUGUGCGCGAUGAUGCACGCGCCGACCUCGCAACGACAUUACGAGGACGUCAACGAUUGGUGGAGGGGCCCCGGAGUGUGUACUACCAAAUCCUGGAGACACACCGACUUUGUUUAGAUGUUCUACGGAAAUUUUGUUGUCUUCAAAGUCUGAUUCGUAUAUAUUUAAAACAUUGUUUUAUUUGUAGCACUAUUGCGCUUGGAAAACUAGUCAGUUAAGUUUUUAAAGUAAUAUAAACGAUUUAUUAGUUGACAUUUGACGUAUGUAUAACUAUUUUUUGUGAUCUAGAGUAAAUAAAUGACUGUUAGUUUGUAAUUUUGUACUUAAAAGCGGCCAACACGAGGUCAAUAACUGUUUGAUAAAACAUUUAAGUAGAUACCUAUAGAUUUUCGUCAUUCUCCAAACCUUUUUAAGUACAUUUUAUAAUAAUAGUGUAUGGACCGCUUUAGAAUAAUUGCUCAGAUAUUUUGAAGAUUGAAAAUUUCAGAUGAACAUUUAAACGCAAACUGAUGUGUAUACCAAUUGAGUUGUAUAAUUCUAAUUUAUUACUGUUGUUUUUGUUAGUAUUGUAUAUUAUUGACGAUAAUUUAUUAAGUUUUUAUUAUAA